GACUCAGAUACAACACUGCGCAAGUACUCAGUGCCUCUGCGCUCCUUUGCCCAAGGGAUGUUACUCUCUCUGCAGAGCCACAAGUCAGGGUAUACCUUCCCAUUGAGCACGGAGGACAUGGAGAGGGCCCAUCGCUUACAGGAUAGCCUUGACACUGCUACAGAUGAUGGUGUGGAAGUCUUCCAUGAGUUCAUCUAUCCCUUCCUGUCCCGCAGCAUCGAUUCCACUUCUGACAACAAAUGGUCCUCUGCACUGGAGUGUUUCUUAGCUGUCUACUCGCUUCUCCCAGAUGGCAUUCACAAGAGAGCAUCAGAUAUGACUCAGCCAUUGGCCAUGCUUGAGUAUCACUGCCGUGGAGCUACCCUCUAUGAGGCACAUAGGCAGCAGUCACAGUUUGGUAAUGACUUGUUCAAAUCGGUUACACACUACUGCUUGGAUAAUCUGCACCCUGGGACUCUAACUCCAUUCACCACUCUCAUUGACUACCAGCGCUUCAUCUCCUCACUUGCUUACUCUGAGACAAAUGCCCCAAGCAUCACCAUCUCAGACGAUGCCACGAGGUUUGCAUAUAAAGGGAAGCUUUUACAGCUGGGAGACCUGACUUGUGGUGUCCGACGCCUCUUUGAAGAUACACAAAAGAAGAUGUCUGCCCUGUUCCGUGGUCAGGUGGUCCAUCUUGAAAUCCCUGAUCACGUUCCAGAUGAUAUGACAAAUAUAGAGCGUGACUAUAGCUGGCUGAACAAUGGAGCCUUUACAGAACCUGGCAUACUCUGGAAGAUCCUGACAGAGGACAAGACACUCCGCCUCUGCCCUGUUGACCCAUCUGGUGCACUGAUGUGGAAUCCUGGAGCGAUGAAUGAGGUAAUGGAGGCUUGUGGUCCAAUCAACAAGUCUUUAGCUGUUCUCUGCCAUGUUCUUGCUGGCCAGCCUGCUCGUGCGACAGAGUUUGUGGAUUUGAAGAUCCGCAACUCAACUUCACCUCGUGGAUUGUUCAGGGACUUCCAGGACUUGAUUCUUGUGCGACGCAGGGUCAAGACAGAGUCACAAACUGGGAAAGAGUCUUUCAUCCCCAACUAUGUGCCCCCAGAGCUCCAGAAACUCCUGGAGCAGUAUCUGCUGAUCAUCCGGCCAGUGGAAGAGCACUUUGCUCGAAAACUAUGGGGUGACAAGGUGAAUACACUCUAUCGUGAGUUCAUGUGGGUUCAGAUGGGUAGGCAGAUGACAAGUGAGAACUUCUCAUCUACUCUGGAGCACUACUCGACAGAGUACUUUAACUGUCCUCUGGGGAUUCUUGCCUAUCGCCAACUUGUCGUUGCUAUAGCUCGGACGUAUCUUGGGUCAGAGUAUGAGCUGGACAGAGAGGAUGAAGACUCUCUGGCAGCUCAAACAGGUCACUCGGUAGAGAUGCGCCAACUGCACUAUGCCCCAGAAGUCUCUCGCUUGCGAUCUUUGACUAGUGAUACUCUGCUGCGGUACAAGCAUGCUUCUGAGGCUUGG